GUUGCGCACUUGUCAUGUCGGGGUUCAAGCUCCAUGCGCACGACGUCCUGAGGGAUCCGACCAAAGACGAGCUGUACAAUGGCCCGAAGCGGGAAAAGUUACCCGUCGCCGUCCAAAAGAUGGACGUUGCGGACACAGCGUGUACGUUUUGCGGCGUCAGCUAUUUUGUGUUUGCCGAAGUCCAGGAGCUCCAGGACCGCGUGCUCAAGUACGAACGCCAAUGCAAGACAUUUACGGCGUGGAUUCAGCGUGAAAACGCCACGAACGCUGCCGUGCGCCACGACUUGAUCACAUGGACGGAAGGCUUCAAUUCGUCGAUGGCGGUCGCGACAGCCAAACUCGCCGAACUGCACCAACGAAACAUUGCCCAAACCAGCACCAUUCAGUCGCUUCAAGCCCAGCUGCGCGCGAAGGAGGCCGAGGUGGACGGGAUCCGGCAAACUUGCGUCGAAGAAUCGGCAUCGAAAGUCCGGCAUCUUGAAGCGGCGCUAGCUACCAAGCAAUGCUGCAUUGAAGAACACGCUCAGCAGAUGGAAAGCGCGUUGCGAGAAGCACGUAUCCUCCAUGACGCAGCAGAGGCUCGGUGGGGCCGCGAACGCGCGGCACUUGCGUCGCAACACUCUGUCAAAUUAGCAGCGGAAGCGCAGGAACGACAACGGCUCGAGACGCUGGUGAUGAAGAUGGAGCAAGAUGUGCACGGCAGUGCCGUCGCGGCGCAAGAAUGGGAGGCCAAAGCAACUCAGAGCGACGCGCAGCUGGCGGAUGUGAUGCGCAGGAUGCAGGUGCAAGCGGCGAGUGUACUGGAGGCUCAAGCCAAUGUGCAGCGCAUGGAAGCAAUGGUGGCACAAUAUCAAGCCGAAGCGGCGCGGGUGGCGGCAAAUGCUGAAGUCGAGCGCGCGGAUGUUGGCGCGUUGCAUGAAGCAGCAGCAAAGUAUCAACACUUGGUCACGGCGCUCGAGAAGAACAAGGCGCUGUUGCUGGCGGAGCGCGAGGAACUGAAAAAAGCAGUUGCUGUUGGCGACGACAGGGUCAAGCAGGUCAAGACGCAGCUGGACGUCGUGCAAAGGCGGCUGGACGAACAUUUGAGGCAAACGGAUGCCCUGGAAGCAACUCACGCCGCUGCUGUUGCAAAACUCAAGGCGGAGUUUGCCAAGGAGGUCUCGUCUCUGAAAGGAUCCAACGCUGAAGUUCUGGAUUCGACUGCGGCGACGUAUCGAGCUCAGAUUGAUCAAUUGCAUGCCGAACUGCAGCGCCUAAAACUGGACAAAGUGCCCCAUCUCGAACAGUUGCAAGCUGUCGCAGCCAAGCGACUCGUCGAUGCAGAGAAGGCGCUGGAAGAUGCGAAAGCACGAUGCCAGUCGUACAUGGAAGAGCUUCAGCGUGUCAAACUGAGCGGCCAUCAAGACAAGGCUGCCAUGUCGGCUCUGGAGCGAAAACUACAUGACGCCGACACCGCACACCAAGCAUUCAGAUCAAAGGUCGACCAAGAGCGAGUCGACUGGGACCACAAGCUCGUGGGAUGGCAGAAAAAGGCGAUGGAGGCCGACGCCAAGCUAGCUGCAGCGACGAAAGAGCUGCAACAAGCGCGCGCUAAUCCCGUCGUGGUCAAAGAGGUCGUAGUUCAGGAAGUCCCGUGCAACAACAAUAGCAACGACAAACUCGAAGCCGAGAUUCAACGAUUGACGCAAGCUAUUGCCAAGAAAGACGACGAAAUUCACCUGCUACAGCUUACUGUCCAUCGCGAGUGCAUGGAGCGCACGUCGAUGUUGGAAAAGAUGCGGUCAGCUAAAAUCCUACCCGAUAUGGUGACGUCGCAAGUUGAGAUGGACUCGCGACAGCACCGAGACGAGAUCGACGGGUGUGGCGACGACCACCCAAAUGGAAACAACAACGGCGGCGGCGGCAACGGCUUGGCCUCACUAUACGAAAAGCUGCGCAAGAAGAAGGCACGACAGAAAACCAAAGCAUAACUUGCAAUCCAUCAGCAUAUCAACCAUGGCG